AUGAACGGUAUUUCAGUCGACAUCAACCACUUGAAAAAGGGCGAAGUCUCGUUGGGCACGUCCAUCAUGGCCGUGAGAUUCAAGGACGGCGUGAUUCUCGGCGCCGACUCGCGCACAACCACAGGCACAUACAUUGCCAACCGAGUGUCGGAUAAAUUGACCCAGAUCCACGAUACCAUCUACUGCUGUCGGUCUGGGUCGGCGGCAGACACCCAGGCGGUGGCCGACAUUGUGAAAUACUACUUGCAGAUGUAUGCGGCGCAAUUGCCUGCGGGAGAGAAGCCCACGACCGAGGUGGCGGCGAACACUUUCCAAGAGCUCUGUUACCUGAACAAAGACAACUUGCUGGCGGGCAUCAUCUGUGCGGGCUACGACGCCAAGAGCGGCGGCGCGGUCUACUCGAUUCCAAUUGGUGGGUCCAUCCACAAGCAAGAGUACGCCAUUGCUGGAUCUGGGCUGACGUUCAUCUACGGUUGGUGUGACAAAAACUUCCGCCCGCAAAUGGAGAAGGACGAAUGUGUGAGCUUCAUCCGCAGCGCGCUUGCCGAGGCCAUCAAAUGGGACGGGCUGUCGGGCGGUGUUGUGCGUAUGGUCAUUUUGACCAAGGACGGCGUGGAGCGGAGAAUCUUGUACCCGGAGGACUACCAGGGGGCGUAA